CCCGCGCUCAUGUAACGCUCUUACUUUAAACAGUGUUAAUAAUUAAUAAACUAAUUGUUAAGUGGCAAAAAUGUGCCUGCGAGUUCCAUUAACACUCAGGCGUCUCAUCGGAUGAUGGCGUCACUUGUACGAUUUGAAAGAUCCACGAUUUUAAAACUUCAAACAAAGGGGAUAUCAAUCUACCUGUGGAAACGAGCACUGUCAACUGUUAUCUUGGCUGCUAGCGAUCCGGAAGCUGCAACUGGAGGCGUCAGCUUCGACAUAUAGCAUCUACAAGACCUCCGGACUGGUUUCACCGUUUCCAGCUUACAGCCACUGCCACGAGUUCCAGCCGGACGUUAUCGCAGCCACUCGAAUCCACUUCACCACCUUCCUUCCGAGUAUCCAUCGCCUAAAAGUUCAGGUGCGAGGAACGCUCUCCAAUGGGGAUGCACCAGGUCCGAAUGUUCCGGUGGCACGUUCCAUCCCAGGAACCUUUCUCGCAUCGACGGAACGAAAGUGCUGUGUUGUUCCUGACAGUUCUCGUGCCUGAAAGGAAGGAAGGAUCGACGGAAAAGUGACAGGAAGAAGGUUGAACGAGGCUGGAAGAACGAAGGUGAAGGUUGUCGACGAUUUCGAGAUCCGAUCGCCGAGGAGGCGAACCCGACGAUGGAUCUCGCGCUGCUUUUAAUCACGGUUCUUCUCGGACAAGAGGUCGCCGGUCUGGAGUUGCUUCGCAUAAACGUUCCACCGUACUCCCUUAGGGGCAAGAGCGCACUGCUCGAGUGCAGAUACGACCUACAAGAGGACAAGCUUUACUCCAUCACGUGGUACAAGGAUCACGAGGAAUUCUACAGAUACGUGCCUAGAGGGGAACCUCCGCAGCACAGCUAUCGCGUCGAGGGCGUUAAAGUUGACCACGGUCGGUCCGAUCACCAGCAGGUUUUGCUGCAGAACGUGAGCCUGCAUAGCAGCGGACAGUACAGGUGCGAGGUGAGCGCCGAGGCUCCGAGUUUCCACUCGGUCAGCGCCGAAGCCAGCAUGGAAGUCGUAGUUUUGCCGCAAGAAGGACCGACGAUAACCGGCGAGGAGAAGGUUUACGCCAGCGGCGACGUCCUCAGCCUGAAUUGCACCAGCGGCAAGUCUCGCCCGGCAGCGAAUCUCAAGUGGUUCAUCAAUGGUGCGCAGAACUGGCGGAGAACACGUUCCGUCGCUUGUUCGUUUCAGGUGAAGCCCGACACGAAAAUGGUGUUCGACCAUCACGGACUCUACUCGGUGAUAUCCAGUUUACGACUCGACUUGGAACCGAAUCACAUCACCGGGGACAAAAUAAACGUAAGAUGCGAGGCGACCGUCGAAUUGGAUUCAAACUCGGACGCGCCGCUCAUCGAGACGCGCACCACGGAAGUUUUCGUUGAGGGACAGGCGAGCGUCGCGACGCCUUCGGUCUACUUGACGUUGGCGACCGCGUUGAUCCUGCGACUAGCGUCGCUGGCUUAGAGGUACCGAUUUGCCGCGUAUAAAUCGGCUUACGUUCGCUGGACAAACGGAAGAGGAAAGAACGAAGCGGACGAAGAAGAGGAACGCGAAGAAGAAGAAGAAGAUGCUUGGCUAAGCCAAUCGAUCGUUCUCGGCUGGGACGAGGAAAUCGAUGGAAAGGGCAAAGUGGCGCGAACUUGAAUCGCUAAUUGCGAGAGGAUUUCGAGCCGUUGACCGGCUCGAGAACUAAACGACGUCGGUUUCCGGAUAGUGGGUGCCGCGUUUCGCUGAUCAGCAAAGCUGAAAAAACUAACGCGAAUAAUCGCGCUUCAGCCGUGAUCGAUGAACACCGCUCUGCUCCAGUCUGACCCGCGAGUUCGCUGGACGCGGAAACGGUAGGGCGCGUUCGCGGAUUAUCGUCCCGUUUUACGGCACGCGACUCGAAAAUACGAUUUACGAGCCUGUAAGCCGAUUAAUUUGUACGAUUCGACGUGGACGCGCGCUCAACAGCGCAAAUGUUUGCCGUGAGCGUAGAAAAUCGGACGAUUCUUUCGCGACACGAUUCGAACGCGAUAUAUACAAUAUAUCCGGAUCGGUUGCCGCGCGAUCAACGAGCCGCCCACUCUCGACGAUCAUCCACCAGCACCCCGUGUUUCUCUCGCAUUACUCGCGCACCAGCGUAGAGCACGCCACCGAGGAUGUCUACGUGUUACGAGUAUACUCGUUCUCUACCACUAAGGCUUCGAAGCUUCCAUUCUAGUCCCCUGUCGUUCGUUGUACAUACCUCUCGGGAACGACGCGGCUCGUUCGCGCGACCGAAUUCGCCAAAACUCCUCGUCCUACCUUCGUCCCGUUGUGCCGUUCUGCCGUUCUGCCGUUCCGCCGUCAUGUCUCGUCGUCGUUCGACCUACUCGGUCUCUGUGUUAUACUUUGUACAUAGCCUGCGAUCUAAGCACCCGCCCACUCCCCUGUAUCUACCAACCUUUACCGAUUAGAAACGACUCGAUCGCGUCCAAGCGAACAAGAUUUAUCGUGCUUUCCGUAGAACUUAUCGUUAGGCAACGAUCGCCACCUCGACGGACGUUUGCGAUGUUUCCUGCGAACGUUACGGCCUGCCACCUAAUCGUCGACAAACAAAAAAAAAAAGAAAUAUGUUCCGACUAAACUAACGGAUGAAACAUCGCGUACUUGUGUGUAUGGCCUAAUGUAUAUAAUAUAUACACCGAUACAUAUAUUUCGCAUAUUUAGUUAAAUAAAUCGUAUUUCAUUAUA